GCUAAAAUAAGUGAGGAUGAAAAGAAAGCACUACAUGUGGACUUGGUUAAGUCCGAAGCUCAACUAUGUGGGCUAGAGGAAAAGAACAAGUCUCUCCACAAUCGAGUGAGCUUCCUUCAGAAAGAGUGCCAUGGGCUUAUAAAGUCAAAAAAGAAUCUUGAGUUAAAAUGUGUCAAACUUGAUAAAGAUCAUCAUGAAUCAAAUGAACUCUCUAAUAGACUUUCCCAAAGUAAUGAAAAGUUUGAUAGAAUGUUAUCUAUGGGAAAGACUAUGGAUGAUAAGUGUGGUUUAGUCUACACAAAUGAACACACCAACACUUUUUCCAAUAUUGUGUUUGUGAAGG